AUGUCCAAUAUUACCCAAUACUCAGCACUAUCAUGGAAUGAAAGAUUUCUAUACUUUGAUGAACCUUUGCUGAGAAAGUUAAACUUUGAGAAUCUCAACUCCUAACCAAGAGCUAGAUUUACCUAAAGCCAAAGGUUAAGAAUUUUCAAAGGUUAAAAACAACCAGGUUUGGUUAAGCCAAAAGUGAAGAGAGGUGAAGGGUGA